GCACAUUACACUCGUUGGCCGCACUCUCUUCCAGUAACAUCUCGCUUAAGUGUCAACUACACGCAGAAACUAUAUACGAAAAAAACACACAUACACACACACACACACACUAUGUGCAAAUUAAUAUUCACACUGUUCACAUUAAUCUACGCAGCAUCGGCUAUAUUUUUAUCAGACGAUGGAAGUGGUUUGAUAAAGGCUGCCGCGUUGAUAAAGAGUUUGAAUUAUCCUGCGGUGGCCGGAACGUCGUUGCCGCCAGCUGGGCCAUUUCCGGGUCCGAUACCGCCAGGACCAAUAGCAAAAGGUGGUUGCCCUUUAUGUGAUCGCGGUGUCUACAGUUACUGUUCACACAAAAUGAUCCACGAUGCGUGCUGUUGCCAUAAUGGAAAUGUACCAUUCGACUGUCCGUUGGCCGCGGAUUGUUCCUACUUAAAUGCUAACUCUUGCUAUGACCAUGCCGUAAUAUUCACAUGUUGUUGCAAUAAUCCCUAUCAUUAGAUUAAAAAUAACUACGACCAUUAUAUUUUUUUGUUGCAUUCAGUCGCCGGAACUUUUUAUUUAUAUUUGAGAUUAUAUUUUAAUUUAAUUUAUUCCAUUCAUUUAGAAAAGAAAUUUAAUUGGCAAGCAAUUCAAACGGCAUAACGUUAUAAAUAAAUAAGGGAAAAAAAUGUAUUGACAAACGUCGUCCUGUUGAUAUUGAUG